AUGUCUACUCGUAUCCAUAGUAUUGAGAUGCCGUUUAUUUCUGAAUUGAGUGGCUUGUUGGCCAUCGACGACAUCAAACGAAAGAGAAUCGAGACAGAUUCUUCCACGGACUCCCAUGACACCAUUGAUACAGCAUCCUACUCUGAAGGGAGCUUCAGCAGCAUCGAAGCCGAGGCGUUGGCCCUCAAUAGCAUUCUGAAGAAAACAGAGAGCAAGGAAGGGGUGAUUAAAGACAACGAUAAAAACUGGCUGCGGUCUUGGAUUGAACAGCCCGUCCCAUCAACGACCUCCCUCAGAAUAAGGCGCAGACGAAGAAGAAGUACAGCAAUCGAGUCAUCGCCCAGCAAAUUUGAGUGUGUGAAGACUAGUUUCCCUGGAAGGGAGGGGCGUAGGAGUAGACGAGAGCCAAGGGCCCGUAAACCAAGAACUGAAAAGACAGUCGAGGAACAAUGGGUCCGCACCUGCAGAUUCUUAUGA